CUGCCUGCUGACCAGACUCUGAGGAAAAGUCCAUCAGACUUCACUGAAGUGUUUGGUGUCCCAGAUGAGUCUCCUGAGGUAGGCCUCUUACAAUUGUGUAUCUUACAUUUAACUUUGAUUGUGUUAAAAUAGUUUUGACAUCCACUUCAAAUAAGCAUUCUUGAAAAUGUUUAAAUAUGCAUUGAAUAAUUUAAACCACGAGUCACUUGUGCUGUUUGAUUUUUUUUUUUUUUUGGCAUAAGCGUCCAUAUUUGGAUGACCGGUGUCUCAGUGUUUUGAUUUCUUACAUAUAUUAGGUCCUGUUUAAUUUUGCCUGGUGGUGACACUUAUUCCAGUGUUUGAGUUUCAUUCAAUACAGUUUUUUUCACAGUUUCCGGAUGCUUUAUUAUAUGAAGGGAAAUUAUUCGUACAUUUAGUAUUUGGCAGAUGAAAAAACGUGUUACUUAACAUAUAAUUUUCUAUUAAAUAUACACUGAAAUGUAAAGGACCUACGACACAUUGAUAUGAAGUCAUGUUGUUUCAGCAACUGUUACAUUUAACCUAUCUAAAAUUGUUUUUAUUUUCAACUAUAUUUAGCCUGGUUUUUACCAUGACAGCAGACAACUGCAUACAAACAAAUCAAUUGUUUCUGCAUAUGUUUGACCGCAAUCUUCCCAUUGCAUUCAUCUCUUGAUUUUUGACAUUCCAUUAUUUGGUCCUUUAAUCCAUAAAGUUUAAAGUAGCAGUAAUUAUUGUUUCAAUCUGUAUAUUUAUUACUUUUUAGAAACACAAGGGUUAUGCGAUACAUGCGUUACAUUUCAAGUGAUUGUUGUAUGUGAUAUUGAUGAUCAGCUUCUUUCACGUUUUAGAUAAUUCUAUAUCUGGAAGAUUACCAUUUGUUCAGUGAAGCUUGCUGAGCCUAUUAAGUGGCCCUCAGAUAUUGCCUAACUAACAGAAAUACAUAUUGGACUUCAUAGUUACAUGGUUUUGUUAUUAACAACCGAAUGAUUCACAGAUAAAAUAAAAUAGACUCUUAUUAUAUUUUGAGUGCAUAUAUAACAAAUAAUAUCGAUUUAUUUCGCAGGCCUUGGGGAUGUUUUAUAUUCAAACAAGUUUAACCGUUCUCAGUUUGUAAAUGUUGUAAUACAGCCUAAGACAAGAAUCCUAUUUCAUGUUUAAUGAUCACACCAUAUUAUUUAUACUUUAAGAACAGAAACGUUAAAUGAUGGAUAGCUUUAUGGCUACUCAUUGCCGUUCAUAUGCUGUCCAUGGAACUUAAUAGUGUUUCCCUAAAUGCGCCGACUAACAUCAAACCCAAAACAUCCCAGUGAAAUUGUUUCACUUUUUGCUUUGCAGUGUCGAUGAUUGCAGCAGUUGUGGCCUCUUAUUCUGGUCUCGUAAUUGUUUAUAUGUAAUAUUCAAAAUUAACUCACGGCGUCGCUGCUGACUCGCAGAUAUAAAGAGGUUCAUAUCUCCACCCACUGCAAAAGGAGUAAUUCAAGCAUUUAACGGGGAGUUGCCAUUGUUGUAGGAACGACGUACUUUAUUUUUACCAGUAUAUUUGAGUUGUAUCCGCAACACGGGACAUUUUGCUUGUCCUCAUCAUAUUUCGGGUGAAACAAUGGAUCUCAAAGGUCAAUCGUUGGUGAACAUAUUCUGCAGCUUUGCUGUCUUCAUUCACAUCAUCACUGCAGACCUCAGCUAUUCUAUUCCCGAGGAGAUGACACCUGGAUCCAUUGUUGGAAAUAUCGCCAAGGACCUCGGGCUGGAAGUAGGAGAAUUGUUCACUCGCAGAGCUCGUAUUGAAAUGGAGGAGAGCUACCAGCACUACUGCGAUAUUGAUCUAAAGACAGGACAUUUUGUCAUGAAGGAAAGGAUUGAUAGAGAGGAGCUGUGUGGGGAGAAGGCUUCGUGUAUGCUAACAUUUGAAUUAGUCCUAGAGAGCCCAUUGGAGCUGCACCGCAUUUCACUGCUCAUCCAGGAUAAAAACGACAAUUCACCCCUUUUCCCGAAAGAUACAAUAAAACUGGAAAUAAGCGAAUCAGCCAACGCAGGAGCACGGUAUCGCCUUAAUGAAGCACAUGACGCUGACAUCGGACAAAAUACAGUUCAACAAUACAGUUUACAAAAUAACGAACACUUUGUUUUAUCUGUCAGAGAGGAUUCUGAUGGAUCUAAGAACGUCGAGUUGGUGUUAGACAAAGAGCUGGACCGCGAAAAAGAACAGGAAUUACAUUUCUUAAUGAUUGCCGUUGAUGGUGGUAAUCCACAACGAUCAGGAACAACCAAUAUCAUCGUGAGCGUGUUGGAUGCUAAUGAUAACGCCCCGGUGUUUGACCAAGCCUUCUACAAAGCCAGUUUACCUGAAAACUCUCCCCUUGAUACUGUUGUCAUCACUGUAAGUGCUACUGAUGCAGACAAUGGAGUCAAUGGGGAAGUCACAUAUGAGUUUAGCCGCAUCUCAGAAAGGGCUAAAAAGGUUUUCUUACUUAACAGUAAAACCGGAGAGAUAAAGAUCAUAGGACCACUUGAUUUUGAGAGUAAUUCUAAAUAUGAAAUGCGCAUUGAUGCUAAAGAUGGUUAUGGACUUUCAUCUGAUUCCAAAGUAAUGAUUGAAAUCACUGAUAUAAAUGAUAAUGCUCCAGUGAUAUAUCUGAAAUCACUGACUAACCCCAUA